CGUGUGUUAGGUGUACUACUAAUUCCUAAGAGUACCAUUCGAGUGCGUACUAAUUUCUUUUAUGUGUCACGUGGGUGAUCGGUGACUCGACUCCGGAUGCGUCCUCAGAGGUCCGUCACCGCCCGGUUCCCCUUCCUCCGUCUCCGUGGCCUCUCCGCCGCCGCCGCCUUCCCCCCAACCCCCGUCGACCCCUCCCUCCUCCGCCGCCUCGCCACCGUCCUCUACCAGCAGCAGCACUCCCCCGACCCCGCCCUCCACGCCAGCCUGCGCAAGCUCCCCCUCCCUUCAUCGCCUCCCCACCUCCACGAGCUCUUCCUCCAGGUCUCUAACCGCUUCCCCUCCUCCUGGCGCCCCGUCCACCGGUUCCACCUUUUCCUCCUCCACUCCCUCCCUUGCUCCUUCGCCCACACCCCCGUCUCUGCCGCUAAGAUGCUCUCCGUCUUCGGCCGCGCCCGGAACGUGGACCUCCUCUGGCGCUGCUUCCUCGACGCCUCCGCUGCCGGCCUCCUCACGCCCGGCGCCCUCUGCGUCGUCGCCGCCGCACUCGCCGACGCCCGCGAGAUCAAGAAGUGCGUCGAGAUCUUCCACCACGUGAACGCGCACGACGAGUCCCUGUGCAGCGUCGACACCCUUAACAGGGUCGUCGAGACGCUCUGCGGGAAGAAGAGGCUGGCGGACGUCGCGAAGGACGUGGUCUGGAAGCUGAAGCCCCUCGUCGCCCCCAACGAGGCCACCUAUCGGUGCCUCAUCGUCGGGUUCUGCAGGGCGGGGGAUCUGGUGGAGGCGUCCAAGGUCUGGAACCGGAUGCUGGACGAGGGGAUCGAGCCCGGCGCCGAGUCCUACGAGGAGGUCGUGGUGACCAUGUUCAAGAACAACCGGUUCGAGGACGCGAUGCGGCUGUUCAAGGCGAUGCGUGAGAGGAGAUACCGCGACCUGGGGCUGCCCUCUUACAGAGCCGUGGUCAGCUGGAUGUGCAAGGAAGGGAGGGUCACGUACGCACUCAUGCUGUUCGGCGAAAUGCUGAAGAGAGGGGUGGGGGUGGACAGCCCCACGUUGGGGGCGUUGGUGUACGGGCUGCUGGUCAGGAGGAAGGUGAGGGAGGGGUACAAGGUCUUGGAGGGCGUUGCAGAGCCGGAUAUAAGCAUGUACCAUGGGUUGAUCAAGGGCUUGCUUCGGCUGAGGAGAGCAGGGGAGGCCACGCAGGUGUUCAGGGCCAUGAUGGAGAGGGGAUGCGAGCCCAUCAUGCACACCUACAUAAUGCUGCUGCAGGGGCACCUGGGGAAGAGGGGGAGGAAGGGGAGGGACCCGGUGGUGAACUUUGAGAGCAUCUUCGUCGGCGGGCUGGUGAAGGCUGGGAAGACGCUGCAGGCCACCAAGUAUGUGGAGAGGAUGAUGUGGGGUGGGGUGGAGGUGCCGAGGUUUGACUACAACAAGUUCCUGCAUUACUUCUCCGACGAGGAGGGAGUGGUCAUGUUUGAGGAGGUAGGGAAGCGGCUGAAGGAGGUGGGGUUGAUCGAUCUUGGUGAUGUUUUCUUGAGCUACGGAGAAAGGAUGGCUACGAGGGAGAGACGGAGAAGAGCAAUGAGUGGGUUGGUUGAUCAUAGAUGAGGAACUCAGUUCACACAUUGCAGGCAAAUGAAAGAUGCAGACACGAGCAAUUUGGUAUUCCUAAGCCUUUCGGUUAACGUCGCCAGAGGGAAGAUAUGGCCUCCGAGAUCUCAAUUUGGUUCACUCCUCUUAUAGAGUGAAGGAAUGUGAUGUGGUUGAGUUGGAUGUGCCUGCCUCGUGGCGCCAUCAAUCCUGUGUGUGCCACACCAUCGACCCAUACCAUCUCAUUCUAGCGCACGUGAAAAAGCAAAUUGUGCUUCCGAAUUCAGGGACAC